GGCAAGGACAUCACGGUGGUUGACACAGCCGAUAUUUUUGACCCAAGAUCUGUCAGCAGUAACUUGUACAGCAAAAUUAUCCAUUGCAUCGAGCUGCCCUCCCCAGGGCCCCAUGCACUGCUGCUGGUGACACAGCUGGGCCGGUUCACGAAGGAGGACGACGAGGCCGUGCAGACACUGCAGGACAUUUUUGGACCUGAGGUUCUGAGUCGCACGAUCGUCCUGUUCCCCCGGGUGGAAGAUUUGGUGGGAGGGUCGCUGCAGGAUUACGUGCGGUAUUUGGACAACAGAGCCCUCCACGACUUGGUGAGGAGGUGCGGGAAUGGGUACGGCGGCUUCAACAACAGGGGCCUAGCGGAGCAGCAGGUUGCCCAGCUGGAGGGCAUGGAGCAAAGCUUGGUGCAGGAGAAGGGAGGAGGCUACUUCCAAAGCGAGAUGUACCUGGAGCCCUCGUUAACCAAGGAGAGAGCGCAGCGUCGCAUGCAGCAGCGCAGAGCAGCCGGGGAAGAGAGGGCCAAACGCACAUCCAUGCUCUACAGGAUCGUUCUCCUGGCUGGCGGGAUAGUUCUCCUUGGUGUUAUCGUGGUUGUUCUUUUUUUCCCUUCUUAG